AACAGGCACUCCGAAGGCCCCAGUCUCAGCCUGACGGCUACCACGUGACCUUCCUGAAUUUGGGUUUCCUCCUCGUGAAGAUUAGAGGGUUUGGUGCAUCCUCAACUCUAAGACCUCCGGAACAUGGAAUCUGGGCCAUUAUUGACACCUAAGCCAGUCGUCCCUUUCUUAGAAGACAUACGGUAGCGCUUCCACCCUCGCUCAAGUCUCGGGAAAGGAGGGGGCGGAGGGUGAAUGUCAUCACUCCGCGCCCGCCUGUCCGCGACGCGCCGGCGGGUGGCGCAGCCCUUCGCUCGCCCGGCCUCCCCCUCCCUGGUUCCGCGCUCUGGUUCCGCCAUGGAAUCCAACAAGGAUGAAGCUGAGCGCUGUAUCAGCAUCGCCCUCAAGGCCAUCCAGAGCAACCAGCCCGACCGGGCGCUCCGCUUCCUGGAGAAGGCACAGCGGCUAUACCCGACGCCGCGAGUUCGCGCCCUGAUCGAGUCCCUCAACCAGAAACCACAGACUGCCGGUGACCAGCCCCCACCCACAGACACAACCCAUGCCACCCACAGGAAAGCAGGUGGGACCGGUGCCCCCUCGGCCAACGGUGAAGCUGGAGGAGAGAGCACCAAAGGCUACACUGCAGAACAGGUUGCAGCUGUGAAAAGGGUCAAGCAAUGUAAAGAUUACUAUGAGAUCCUGGGGGUGAGCAGAGGGGCCUCGGAUGAGGACCUGAAGAAGGCCUACCGUAAACUGGCCCUCAAAUUCCACCCAGACAAGAACCACGCGCCUGGUGCCACUGAAGCUUUCAAAGCCAUUGGCACAGCAUAUGCGGUACUCAGCAACCCGGAGAAGAGGAAGCAGUAUGACCAGUUCGGCGAUGACAAGAGCCAGGCGGCCCGGCACGGCCAUGGGCACGGGGAUUUCCACCGCGGCUUUGAGGCCGACAUCUCCCCUGAAGACCUCUUCAACAUGUUCUUUGGCGGCGGCUUCCCUUCUAGUAAUGUCCACGUCUACAGCAACGGCCGCAUGCGCUAUACCUACCAGCAAAGGCAGGACCGCAGGGACAACCAGGGUGACGGCGGGCUAGGGGUGUUUGUGCAGCUAAUGCCUAUCCUCAUCCUGAUCCUCGUGUCAGCUCUCAGCCAGCUCAUGGUCUCCAGUCCACCCUACAGUCUGAGCCCAAGACCGUCCGUGGGCCACAUCCACAGGCGAGUCACUGACCACCUGGGUGUCGUCUACUAUGUGGGAGACACUUUCUCCGAGGAGUACACAGGCUCCGGCCUCAAAACAGUGGAGCGGAACGUGGAGGAUGAUUAUAUCGCCAACCUCCGGAACAACUGCUGGAAGGAGAAGCAGCAGAAGGAAGGUUUGCUGUACCGGGCCCGCUACUUUGGCGACACAGAUAUGUACCACAAAGCACAGAAGAUGAGCACCCCCAGCUGCAGCCGACUGUCAGAGGUGCAGGCCUCCCUGCAUGGAUAGUCCUGGGCCAGCCACGCCACCGAGGUCCAAACUAUGAAAUCCCUGGAGAAUUUUUGGUGACAUGCACUGAGCCAAGGUGAUGGACUGUAUGUUUGAGGAAAGACAUACAAAGAAACAAAAUUAAAAUGGAAUUGGAGGCCGAACGCUGCACAGCUGCCCUCUCUCUCACCCAGUAAAUGCAGAAAGCUCUUAGGACAGACAGAAAACCUGCCAUGGGGCUGCUUCCCUCCCUCCCAGGGCUGGCGGAGGCUCCGCAUCGGCUCUCUCCUAGGAUACAGAAACCAUGGCAACGAAAGUAGAAUGUAAAACUCCCAGCAGAUAUCAGUGGGAAGGGCUGGGGGAGGGGGCAUCCAGCUGCCUUUCCUCCCUCACAGGAGCCACCACCAGCCACCUCUCAGGAGAAGCCAAAGGCGCUGGCCAAGGAUAGAGAGGAGGAAGAAAGAACUCUCCAUAGAAUGUAAUUUAUAGAUGCGCGUAUAUGUAUAUAUAUCUAUUUAUAUGUAAAUAGGCAUAUAUGAAGAUAUAUAUAUAUAGUCUACUUUUUAAACUCUGCAGGGAUUUGGUUAAGUUGUUGAGCUGAUUUCUUCCAUGUUUUAGAAAAUGAGGCCUGUUUGGGGAAGGCACCCUGGUGAUGUUUUUGCUAGACAUUAGCUAUAGCUGACAGCGUAAGGAGAGUCACGUCAGAGCUUUUCACGGCCCCCUGAAACCCCAACCUGGUUUUGAUGGCAGCAGUAAUCAUGAUAGCGUGAACCCGUGAAGGCCUCAGGAUAAUGGUUAACCUGAAGAGGAGCAGACCGUGGAGGCAGGUACCAGGUCAGUAUUGAGUCACAGUAGAGGCACCACAAGGACCUGCUUGGGUGAGACCACCCCUUCCCUCUGAGCAGCGCCAGUGGGCUCUUUGUCCUGGUGCCCAGGAGCCCUCCAGCUCCCUGCCCACAGAAGGGAAGGCCUGCAGAGGGGGCCAGGAUCUGCCUAACCACUUCCCCAUCCCUAAGCCCCUCAGUGGGCUUUGCCUUAUAGGUGCCACAGGGCACAGCUCCAUCAUUGCCACUGGUUUUUCCUAAGUCCUGCACCAAGCAUUUCAGAAGGUUCUUCCUCCGAGUCAGGCAGUGGUGCUGGGACCCCAGGGCAGCCUCCCCAACUCCUGAAGAAAAGUCAGUGCCCAUGGGUGCCUCUCUUCACCUGCUGUGGAUGUGACCACCAGGCCUCCUCUUGUACCUUGGACAAGGGAUGCACCUGAACCAGAAUAGUUUCCUUACCCUCACCUUCGAAUGAGGAUUUUGCUCAAAACAGCACUUGCUGCUGGGGGGAGGAGGGAGAUUUUCUUUAUUCCCACAGUUUCUACUGGGCCUUCUGGAAUGACCGUGUUUUCCUGUGGCGGUGAGUGUGUCGUUGAGCCCGCCGUCUCCCAAAGCCUUACUUCCCCAAGCUGCCAGCCAGGAGGUGAUAACCACCCUCCCAGAGUUUCUCUCGGCUCUUUUUUUAAAAGUCCCCCAACAAAUAGGAUUCUUGCUGGGAAAGGAAGUUUGGUAAGGAAAUGUCAAAUCUGGUUUUUAAACAAGGUCCCACCCUACAAUGAAGCGGCCACCUCAGCCCAGAGAGAUUAUAAGAACUGAUGUGGCCAGAGUGACCCCCCCCACAGUGGCCCCGGUGCUCUGCCCCCACACCCCGACCAUCUGGUCUUGGUAGAUGUCCGUAGACGGGCUGAGCCAUGUGCAAUAAGAACAUAGAUCCUAAAGGAUCCCCCGGAAGCUGUAUUCCUUCAAUUAGAAUUCUCAAAUUGUACAUGUGUAAAUAUAUGUUUAUUAUGUGA